UUGCGACUGAAACGGAGGCGAGAGGCGGUUGCAUCAGCGACCAUUUUUGCAGCGACGCUGGGCGGAGAAGGAGGCUGCGGUGGUGGCCCCAGAGGUACGAUGGCCAGCCGCAGCCAGAGCCACCACCACUGCCAUUGCUAUAGCCAGGUGUUAAAUUUUUAAUAUUUCUCGACGUCGAACUGGGGUUCCCCUAUUUUCCUGGUUGAUGGUUAUAGCUAUGGUGGCUGAUCGCAAUUGGUAUGUAUUGUUUAAUAUUUAAUUUAAUUAAUUUAAUUUAUUUAGAUUGUAGAGCACUUAUUGAUGUAUUUUAUUAUAUAGAUUUAAUAUAUUUUUUAUUAUAAAACGUUAACAAGUAUAUAAUAUUUUAAGUUUUGUAAAGCAUUUAAUACAAAUAGAAUUAUUAUAAAUUCUUUAUAAAUUUCAACAUAAUACAUAUAAAUUAUAAUUAUAUUUUAAUUUUAAUAUUAUUUAUAUUGUGUCUUUAGGUACGGGCAUACGCUAGUGAAUAUAUAUCUCGAAAUGGGUAAAUUUUAAUUUUAUAAUAUGAUUUUGAAAUUGUUAUAUGUAUUUUUCAUACCACUCCUUAUGGGCCAGACUCAGUCCAAUGGGCCGACUCAAUUGUCCGGAACAUGGCCCAUUUCAUACCACUCUUAGAAGGUCCAGGCAACCUCGUCAAAGAAAGCUCAUACACCACCGAAAUCCGAAAUUUAUAAAACGAGCUCUUUGCAAGUUUCCGGUAAAGCCUCUAUCGAGCUCUUAGCAAUCGACUUAACGAGCUCUCAAUAAAACUCCCAGUUCGUUGGACCGAUCAGCUCGUUGGUCUAAAAAACACCUAACUUGCAUAGAUGACAAAGCUGCUGAACAGUCAGAAACAUGGCCCACUUACUUUAUUUGAAACGGACCAUACUCCUCGAAAUGCGGAUUCCACUCCCAAUUUUAUGUAAAUGAAAAGGAUUGUUUGUCUCCUAUUAUAUCAUCUUUAUAUUUUUAUAUUUUAUCCAAAUUGUAAAGGCUCCUUAUUAUAAAUAGGAAUCAGAGAUAUCAUAAGGGGCAAGGAGAAUAAUCAGAUACCGUCAUUCUAGAAGAAUAAUUAAAGUACGGUCGUGGAGUAGGCAUCGUUCUGGUCGAACCACGUGAAAAUCGCUUGUGUUCAGUCAUAUAUGGGAUCUUUGUUUUAUUUUUCUUGACAUUUUGGAUUCACUCACUGAAGCCCAAAAUGAAUCACGGUAGGUUGAAAUUGAACGUCGACAGAAACUAUUUUUUGUUUUUUGAAAAAUGAAUUCUAUGAAUUUAUAAAAUAUAUAAAAUUUAAAAAUAUUUUUGAAAAAAUAAAAGAAAAUAAAAUAAAAUAAAAAGAAGGCGUUAAUUGAGAAAAAGAAGGGGAGAGUUUCCUAAUUAUAAAUAGAGAGCGGAGACAGCGCUCCACACGCUGUCAACCAAACCAAACCUUCCGUUCUAAUAAAUUACAGCGCUGCUGCGCUUUGUUUGUUCACCUUGUUAAAUUUCAAAUUUUGCUUCAACUUUCAAGUCUCAAUCGAUCAUCUUCUCUGGAACCAGAAUCAAGAAAAGCAUUUUGUCGCUUCCUUUUGUCCGACGAUCAAAACGAUUCCAUGAAUUCUUGACACAUGUAAAGCCACUCCAUGGAUUCUUGAUACAUGAAAUCCUGCUUCCUAACCGGCUCAUACAUUUCUUCGAAUACCCAUCAGAAACCGCACCCCACGAUUCUCCCCUAUCUUGAUCCUCAGUUCCGUCUGAUUCUUUAGGUAAAACUUCCUAGAUUUGGGUGUUGUUAAAACUAUUACCAUUUGGGUGUUUUGGCUUCUCUUUUGAAUGAUCCUGUAAGUUCUAAAUGGUUUGCUGAAUUAUUGAUUCUUUACCUGGUCUUUAUCAAGUUAAUGCCUCUCUGUAUGUUUAUUUAUAUUUUUGAACCAUGGAAAUUAUUUCAAUUGAAAUAUAUUGCAGUUCUAGCUUGCGGUGUUCAUGUAAUUAGGAAAGUUCUUAUUAAUAAUCCGGUUAUCUUCCCCCCAGCUUGAAAUCUUCCUGUUCCGGUGAUGAUUUUUUACCUCUCUUGACAUGCAUUUGAUUAUUUUUGCCCAAUAAAUUAUGCUUAAAUAAGGGUGGAUUAGAUUGACGUGAUUGGUGGCCACGAAAUGGGAAAGUGGUUGAUGUAGUGAAGUGCUUCGAACGUGUUGCUGGAAUUGGUGCCUGGGGAUGUUCAUGUCUUGCUACCUGUCAAAAGAAACAAUUUUCCCUGGGGAUGUGGGGAUGUUUGUCCUACGUUGGUCUUGUGUACCACUGAGAUAUAAGUCCUCCCUCCUGAAGCUUCGCAAGUCUUGUUAACCUUGGCAUGUGAGUGUGUUCAUUCCACAUCGAUCUUGUUUGCCAAUAAGUCCCUCAUAAAGCUUGGAGUUACGGAUUGAUCUCCAGCCUGAGUUGUGAGAUUGAUUGCUUAAAAUUUGUGUGCGCGCGCGCGUUCCUAUCUAUUGGAAAUCCAAAUUUUGGGUGAAACUGGUUCUCCAACCAUUUGUAUGAAGAUGGAACAUCGGGAAGAUUCCAGUUUGAGGACAGAGCAUCCAGUGCAUUUGGAAAUUGAGAUGAAAUUAACCUCUGAAGACGAUAGUGGUCUUCCUCUGCCAUUGCAACCAUCUUGCAAUCAAGUUUGUGCAUUCUCCGAUAGAGAAUAUAUUUCAUCACCAGAUGAGCGAUCAAAGUCUUUAACAAAGCUAUGUUGGCUUAUAAUUUUCUAUGUAAUGUUUAUGGCGGUGGAGGUAGUUGGAGGCACAAAGGCCAACAGCCUUGCAGUUCUUACAGAUGCAGCACACUUGGUCACUGACAUUGCCGGAUUCUCCAUUUCCCUUUUUACAGUAUGGGCUUCAAGCUGGGAUGCCACAUCGCAACACUCUUUUGGAUUUAAACGUCUUGAAGUUCUGGGAGCACUUCUAUCUGUACAGCUAAUUUGGGUAAUCUGUGGGGUGCUAAUUUAUGAAGCAGGUGAUAGAAUUCUUCAUAAAACUGCAAGAGUAAAUGGAAGACUUAUGUUCGCAAUUGCUGCUCUUGGUUUCAUAAUUAACUUCAUUAUGGUGAUGUGGCUUGGACAUGGUCAUGGUCAUGGCCAUGGCCAUUCUCAUUGUGCCUGCACAGGAAAGAAUCACAGUCACAAGGCCGAGGAAUUAUGUGCAAGGACUGACGAAGAGGACAUCACUCUGGUAGCUCAUCCUCAAAAAGAUACCGAAAGAUUGAACAUAAAUCUUCAGGGAGCUUACUUACAUGUCAUGGCUGAUAUGAUUCAAUCUGUUGGAGUGAUGCUUGCCGGAUUGAUUAUAUGGGCAAAGCCAAAAUGGUUUGCAGUAGAUCUGGUUUGCACGCUCAUCUUUUCCAUUUUUGCUCUUGGUUCUACUGCACCAAUGCUUAGAGAUAUUCUUUGUAUUUUGAUGGAAAGGACACCAAGUGAUGUUGAUGUUUCUAGUCUUGAAAUUGGUCUUAAAUGUAUCAAAGGAGUUCAUGAUGUUCAUGACCUGCAUGUCUGGGCCAUCACAGUUGGGAAAACUGUUUUGUCUUGCCAUGUGAUAGUUGAGCCCGGAAUAAACCCAAAUGAACUCCUCCUCAAGAUUAGGGAUUACUGUGAAAGAACAUAUAGCAUUCAUCAUGUAACUGUACAAAUUGAACAGAAAGUAUAGCUUGCGUUUCUUUUCUGUUUCCCUGUAUGAAAGGUAAAGUUAAACAGAAACAUGGCGACAAUGGACAACCUUUAUUCUGUCAAUUUGUGUGUUUUU